AUGGCGCCCCGGGGGCUUGCAAAAGCUCGCGACUACGACUAUUCGAAUGUCGGUAAACAGGGAAGGAGAACCGGCAUCACGCUCAAAGAAGGCCGACGAGACGAGCAUGGAAUGGAAGAGCUAGACGGAAUGUUCUCGUCGCCAGAGAGAUCUCCUGUCAGAGUCAACGGUGUGGAUCAUGGCGAUGAUGAAAUGAUGGGGUCUGAGGGCAUGUCUAUGGACGAAGGAAACGGCCCCGGCCCUACAGAUUUUCUCUCUCGCUCGGCCACCCGCCGCUCCCCAUUCUUCCCGCCUGUCGCCAGAUCACCUAGAAAAAGCGGAUUGAGCGGAUCGCCUCGACGAACUCCAGGGCUACGGUCAUCGCCCAUAGUGCAGAAUGACCCUGUUUCUUCCAGUCCAACAUCUGGCCGGCAGCGAAGAGAUACCACAGCGCAAUCUGCUCGGCAGCCUCUGAAUGAUCGACGGCCUAAUGCAGCGCCGUUUGCAAAUGGAGUGCGCCAGAAGAGUAGGGAUUUUGACAGUAAUACAGGCGAAUUCACGAAUGAUGAGAAUAUGCCGGUGCAGGAUGAAGAAGAGGAUGAGGACGACGAAGAUGAAGCAGUGAACGCGUUCCAGACAGAUAUUGCCGAGGAAGACGUGGAUAUUCAAGAGAUUGGCGAUGACGGUGACGGGGACAAUUUUGGGGACGAUAACUCGAUACCCGAUGACAACGACAGUGACAGUGGCAAUGCCGGUAACGAGGCCUCCGAAGAGGAAGAGGAAGAAGCAUCCCCGAUCCAGGCUGCUAGUCUACGCAACAAGAAUAAAAGACCUGCAGCUACCAGCGACGUAGAAGGGGAAGAUAUACCGCAAAGUCCGCCCAAAAAGAAACGCGCCGGAAGGCCGCCAAAGUCUCAGAGCUCAGCGAAACAACAAGACGAGCCCGUUCAAAGACCAGCGAAGAAGGCCAAAACAUCAAAACUGCAAUCGCAACCUCAAUCUACAGAGCCUCUAGACCCAGAGUUAGAAAAGGUCGUAGAAAACCAUGUCAAUCGCACAGGACCAUUGAAGGGGCGGAGUCUUUACAUCCUGAAGCGCGAGGAAACAUCAAAUGACAAGGCAGCUCAUACUCGGUCCGGCCGAGUGUCGGUGCGACCAUUGGCGUACUGGCGCAAUGAACGGUGUGUUUAUGGCGAUGGGGAAGCGGAUGUUGGACAGCGAUAUCCACUAUCUACAAUCAAAGAGAUUAUUCGCACAGAGGAACUACAUCCGGAGAAGAAGAGAGGGGGAGGAGGCAAAAAGCGCAAGACAUCUGGCAAGAAGUCGAAGCGAGACGAAUCUUCCGACGAUGAGGCUGAUGAGAGAGAUGAGUGGGAAAAGGAAGACGGAGUGUUGCAUGGGUAUGUGAAGAAGUGGGAUUCGGAAAAGCAGACUAUCACAGGCGAUGAGGAGGUGUCAGAAAUUGCGUAUGCGCCGUCUGGAGUUGAGGUUCGAGAGGUGAAGGAUUCCACGUUCAAGGUUGCCAAGAUGUUCAGUCAGUCAUUCAUGGGGUCGGGCAUAGUUGAGUUACCUCCCAAGGGGGUGAAAAAACCCAAGAAUUCGAAGCGAAUGCACAUGAUUUUCUGUGUGUUUACCGGACGCGUGCAAGUGGACAUCAAUGGAGUUCAGUUUACAGCGGGCAAGGGGUGCAUGUUCCAAGUACCACGCGGCAACCACUACAGCUUCGCAAACACAUACCACAAAGGAGCGAGACUCUUCUUCACGCAAGCCUUCGAACCGAUGGAAGGCGAGCUCUCGUCUUCGUCGAAAGCCGAGACCGGGGCUGGAGCUGGAGCUGGAGCUGAGAAUGACCACGACAAUGCGCAAGACAAAUACGAAGACGUCGCUCCUGGCCCGAAGAGCAAGGCCAAGCCCAAGGCCAAGGGGCGAGGACGACGGCCGAAGGCGAAAGAGGAGUAA